GGGCCACAAAAAUAUAACAAAAUUGGCCCAAUAGCAAAAUAGUCUCCCGGCCGCGUCCGAUGACGAGCUGCUGCCUUGCCGGCGGUGGCCGGCGCCUCCUUGCCGUCAAGCCAAAUCCAAAUCUAAAUGCUACUUCGGAAGCCCAGCCUCAUGCCAUGUCUGUUGGCAUUCGACAACAACAACGCCGCGCGGGGUUGCCGCGCGAUUCAAUCCCUACGAGGAAGUUACCGUCGUAGUGGUGCUGCCUUCACGCGCACAAGGUGUUCGUGAAAAUGGUCAGAAGCAUCCUCCCCUACCUUGCCUUGUCCCUGCCGAGCGAAACCUUAGCCGAACGAGGAUUGAGUGCGACUGCAUCUUUGUCGGCUGAUGCUGGGGCCAAUCGGAGCAUGGGUGGGCUCUUUCCCACGAACAUGGAGAGCUCAUCCCCGUCGAACCGACAAAGGGCCCGCUUUGUCCAGACAGAAGCACUUGGGACUUGGCUGUGUCGUCUUGUACCGUUUCUUCACAAGUGCCAAGGCAAGGAUCAAGUAUAUCUUCAUAUUGGAGGGAGAUGGUGGAUGAUGACGCAGCCAGCCUUGUCUUGACCUUUGAGGAUAUUCAGAUUCUUUUUGUGACUGCAAGAAACGAGCAGCUUUGUGCUUUUGUCUGAUGUCGCUUCCAAUGCACCAUCUUCCUGUCCUGUUUCCGCUUCUCUCCUUGUGGCAUCCUAUAUAAGAACUGCUUUUGCCUGGGUCAGUAGAUAUUAAGUCAAUUCCUAUAUAACAACUUCUUUGAUAUUUCAGGAUUAAGAAACGUUGCCUGGGUCAGUUGCUAGUAAUUCAAUUCCUGAUGCUAGCUAGUUUUGCAGAGUGUAAAUCAGAAGCAGGAAAAAGAGAUGGCACUGUUGAAUGGCUUAGGGCAGGCAGCCACAAUUGCACAGCUGUCUGGAUUGGAUGCCUUUGGGCUCACCUCAAUGAUCAUGAAGGCGGUGCACACGGUUCGCCGUAAUAAGAAGGCCUGCAAGCAGCUCGAGCAGCGGGUCCAGAUGAUCGCUGACCUGCUGCAGAGCAUAGAGGGCUCAGAGAUGAUGCAGCGUCCAGAGACUAGGAGACCACUCGACGGACUUGAACAUACCCUCUGUUGUGCAUAUAUCCUUGUAACAUCCUGCCAGAACAGCCGUAAUAUAUACCUCUUUUUCUAUGGCGAGAAGCUAGCCAAUAAGUUUAGCGAGGUACAGAACAGUAUCGACUUCUACCUCCAACUCUUUCCUGUCCUUAGUCACAUCGACACCACACGUCUUCUUGUACGUAUUCUGAAUGGUGUCCAUCCUCCGCAGAAUGAGGAUACAGCGAAGUUGGUUAGGUCAUUUACUAGUCAUUCAAAUCCUGAUGUUAGGACUGAAAUGAGCGGUGCAUUUGAAAGAACUCGAGCAGCAACUGAGCCAUUCAAAGUUACUGAGUACCAAGUAGCAGGCCCUCAAAAUGUUGUUGAAACAUUUCGAAUCAGAUCAAGGAGAAUCAAGUUUCCAUGGAUGAAAAAAGAUGUCGGGGCCAACAUUAUGCAUAGAUCUAUUGUUCCUGAAGUAAGAGGGUUUAAAGAUUUCAAUUUCUUGGAAUUAGUGGAUGCGACAAAUAACUUCUCACCUGGAAGUAAGAUUGGACUAGGUGGCUUUAGCAUUGUAUACAAGGGUUUAUUGCUUGAUGGACGCGAGGUGGCCAUCAAAAGGCGUUUGGAUGUACCCACUAGCCUGGAUUUCCAAGAACUAGAUUUUGACAAUGAGAUUCGAUCUAUCACACAGCUUCAACAUAUAAACAUAGUGAAGCUUCUAGGUUAUUGCUACCAUGGAAGAGAGAAGAUUUUGGUCUAUGCAUACAUGUUGAAUGGAAACUUGGAUUCAUUUAUCUUUGGAAAAACCGGGAAGUCGAUUGACUGGCCAGUGCGCUAUAAAAUAAUUGAAGGUGUAGCUCAGGGAGUCGCCUACCUGCACAAGCAAUGUGGGAUGCAUAUUAUCCACCGUGAUUUGAAACCAAGCAACAUCCUCUUGGAUUCUGAUAUGACUCCUAAGAUUUCUGACUUUGGCUUAUCCAAAAUAUUAAAUCCAGGUGUCGAUGAAGUGCUUGAAGAAAACGUGUUUGGCACACCCGGUUUUGUGGCCCCUGAAUAUCGAGAAAAAGGUCUUUUCUCAAUGAAGUCUGAUGUCUAUAGCUUUGGGGCCUUGCUUCUCCAGAUUAUUAGUGGAAAGAGAUUUUGUCCGCUUUCAAGUGGACCACGUGAUUAUGGGCCUCUCAAUACAUGGGUGUGGGACCUUUGGAAUCGUGGACGAUUGAUUGAGUUUGUCGAUCCCUUGCUCCGGGGUGAAUCUCGAGCGGCUGAGAUAAUGAGAUGCAUUCAGAUAGCCCUGCUCUGCGUGGAGGAGAACCGUGAGGACCGCCCUACCAUGUGGGACGUUGUUCUGAUGCUGAGCUGCGAGGAUGCUGCGCUUCCGUUGCCCAAACAGCCAGCUUACUGCAAGAGAGACGUCACUGCGAUAAUCCCGGGUCGGACAGCAGCAGCCACAAGCAAUGUGCCAGAGCCAGGACCUGAAUCUGAGCGCCUGGCCGGUUGUGUCAUGGGUACCACUCUCUCUCUUCUUCUUGACAGACAGUAGCAGUUGUGUGCCCAGCAUGGAACAGGGAGCUCUUGUGCACACACAUCCUAUUGGUUUUUUUUUUGAAACGAGACACAUCCUAUUGGUUGCAUUGCAGACAAAUAAUCAUUAUUAUAAAUAUGUUUCCACCAAAAUAAAAGGCCUCUCAUUUUAUAUCUUCCCAGCCACCCGGAAUGUCAGGACCGUGUAUUGUACAGAAAUUAGCAUAUAUAUCUAGUAUGAUAUGAUA